AUGGUGGAGCUGAACAUGGCGGACGGCGAUAGCGGGAGCGAGCGCGGCGGCAGCAGCGGUGGCUUCCAGCACUUUCAGCGCGAACAGGAGACCCAGGAGCUGGCCUCCAAGCGCCUGGACAUCCAGAAUAAACGUUUCUACCUGGACGUCAAGCAGAACAGCAAGGGCCGCUUCAUUAAGAUCGCCGAGGUCGGGGCGGGAGGCUCCAAAAGUCGGCUGACCCUGUCGCUGUCAGUGGCGGCCGAGGUGCGCGACUACCUCGGGGACUUCAUCGAGCACUACGCCCAACUGGGGCCCAGCAGCCCCGAGCAGAUAGCGCAGGCUUCUGCCGGCGACGACGGAGGUCCGCGGCGAGCCCUCAAGAGCGAGUUUCUGGUGCGCGAGAACCGAAAGUACUACUUGGACUUGAAGGAGAACCAGCGCGGGAGGUUCCUGCGAAUCCGCCAGACGCUCAACCGGGGGCCGGGCUCUGGCUUCGGGGGCCCCGCGGGGGGCGGCGGCGGCAUACUGGCCGGCCAGACCAUAGCCCUUCCGGCGCAAGGCCUGAUCGAGUUCCGCGACGCGCUGGCCAAGCUCAUCGACGACUACGGCGGCGACGACGACGAGCUGGCCGGCGGGGGCGUGGCGGCGGGAGGCUACGCCGAGCUCCCGGAGAAGACUUCCAUCAUGGUAGAUUCCAAGCGCUUCUUCUUCGACGUGGGCUCCAACAAGUACGGAGUCUUCUUGCGCGUCAGCGAGGUCAAGCCCAGCUACCGGAACUCCAUCACGGUGCCCUUUAAGGCCUGGGCCAAGUUCGGCGGAGCCUUCAGCCGCUACGCCGACGCCAUGAAGGAGAUACAGGAGCGCCACCGGGACAAGAUGUACGACAGGCGGGACGAGUCGGACGGCGACGACGUGGACGACGACUGA